GUGUCAUUAUUUUGGUAUCUCUGCAGAGCGCACCUACGCAUCAGCAUAAAACAACAGUCUCGUUUAGUGAUCUCGGUGAUCUAUUCUGUAUAUAAAUCUGUAAUCAUCCAUCACUUUUAGUUUGUCGUGUCCUGGAAGCAUUGAUACAUAGAGCAAUACGUCGAUCAAGUAUAAGUGAAAGUAGCUUAUAAAAAGCCCAGUUGCAAUAAUCGGACACAGAUCAACUGCCGAUCAUAACGAUGAGUUUCAUCAGCGCAUGGGGUUUGGCACGUAUCGCUACAAACGGCACCCGCCAACUGCGAUCGCUCAACGGGCUGGCUGCACGUAGCCAACAGACAGCAUUGUACUCGACAGGCGCAAUGGAGCCUAAGGAAUCGCAAAAGGGUAGUCCAGCAUCCAGUGCGUCGCAAUCAGACAGUGCUACGACUAACCUUGGUUCCCGCACGCACUCCCCCAACCAACUCGAGAAAAGGAUGCUUGUAUUUACAAAAAAAUACAAGUCGAUCGACGAAAUCCCGGCUCUUAUUAAUCAAGAUGUCAUGGAACGGUGUCGUAAUCAAGUUCGUAUCAAAGUCGCCAACUACAUGAUGAUUGGAACGGUGAUCGGCUGCAUCUUGAUGAUCAUCACUGGCAAAAAAGCACAGGAGCGUGGCGAUACGAUACAGAAAAUGAAUCUCGACUGGCACAAGGAGUACAAUGAAAAGCCUCGCCAGGAGACUGUUCAGUCGAAGAACUAAUCGAUAGUUUUUACCUAAAGUUUCGAACGAUCACUGUGUUUUAAGUAAAAGUGAUUGGGAAAUGUAUCGCAUAACCGGCUGGAAGCGUAUUUUCGCCAUAUAGAAGCAGCCUCAGCUAUGGGUAGUCACACCAACUAUGAACAGUUGGCUUCACUCAGAAAGUUUAUUUACCGCAGUUAUAUGUGAAUGAUAUUGGUUGAAUACACGCAAAUAUAUUAUUUAAACUUUAA